CUUGACAUCAGAGUCAGACAUUGUAAAAAUGGUGUCCUGGAGUGCGCUAGGCCGAACUUUCGGCAUUACUUUGUUAAAAAAUAAUAGUAAAUCACCAUUUUUAGUGCAAAAUGUAAAAUUUAAUGUAGGUCAAAAUCUUAAAGGUGACCAUGAGCAUAGAACGAUGGCGAUGCAGCCAUCUAGAUGGCAAUGGCAUAAAUUCAAGGAUAUGUUUCAUUAUUACUUUAUGAUUGGCAUAAUACCUGUGGCUGGUAUAAUCUUUUACACCAACGUGUUCAUUGGACCUGCUCAGUUGACACCCAUACCUGAUGAUUACACGCCAAAACACUGGGAAUAUCAUCGCCAUCCCAUAACAAGAUUUAUAGCUCGUUACAUUCACAAUAACCCUCAACAGGAUUAUGAAAAGUUUAUGCAUUACAUUGAUGAAGAAGCCCAAAAGGCAAAGUUGCGGGGACUCGAAAAGGAUGUUUUAAAGAAAAUGUCUGAGAGGAAUGAUUACCAGGCAUAUUACUACAGGCCCAUGGUUAACAAAUACCUCCGUAUCAACAAGAAGACAGGUGAUGAACUGUAUGACAGAUUGGGUGAUAACCAUUCAGAUUAAAGCUAUUGAUAUUUUUGGGAAUUAUGCUUAGUGUAUUUAUCAUACUAGUAAUCAAGUGGAUUGUUAAAUAUUGUUUCAUUGUAGGUAAAUAAAUGUUUUAUGAUCUUC